AUGGAACUCGGAGUGUCUCCAACCUAUGAACGACUGGACCGUCGAGACUCGGAUGCCCUCGAUGACGGCCGACAAGGUACGGAAAGCGAGAAUGGAGCACUUCUAGAAGGAAAGACGUCCCAGCGCGAGUAUCCCCAUCCACGACACCGUUGGUUUGUUUGGCUCAAUGCUACCAUCUUUGCAAUGUCAUUGUUCCUCUUUGCCAUGACCGCGAGCAUUGUCCGGAGCAGCAGCGUUUCCAGCCAGCUAUUGCGGAAAACCUCUGAAUAUUGUGAGGCCCCCAUAUUCGAUCGACUGGAAAUUCCCCUCAUCUACAAAAAGAUGAAUGCGACGUUGGUGGAGCCGGAUCCCCUACCCAUCUACCGCCAGCCGCCCAGCCCCGAGGUGGACGAAGCCUGGAACCGACUAGCAAACAUCAGACCUAUCGCUAUCAGUCGUGGUGACGUGGUCAAGCUGGGUAGGGACCCCGAGCAAGCGGCAAAAUGGCCUGAAAGCUUUGGCUUCGGAUCCGAGGCAUACAUUGGACGGAUCGACGUCUUCCAUCAAAUUCAUUGCCUGGAUUGGCUGCGCCGGGAAGCGUACUUUGACCACUACUAUGGGAAGAAAUGGCCGCCGGGGACUCCGCCGUCCGACAUGCACCGGACCCAUAUCUCCCACUGCAUCUACCUGCUGCUCCAGAACCUCAUGUGCACCGCAAAUGUCGACAUCUACACCCAUCACUGGGCGGACGCGCAGCUGAACGCCUUCCCCGACUUCAGCGUCAACCACAAAUGCCGGGAUUUCGACGCCAUCUUGCGUUGGCAGGAGGAGAACUCGGUCGACGUAGACGAGCUUGCUGCCAUUCGGAAGCCACCUGAUGCAGCGGCCAGGGUGAUGUCGCAUCGUUUCAAGGAGCUGUUUGGUUGGUACAAUUCCAACGCCGAUGAUGGCUCUGAUAGUGGGAUAAUUGGAUAA